AUGCUGCUGAGAAAACUCCACAGAGGAGACAUCACGCCUCCCUUGGUCUGGUUUGAAGUCAACUAUGGCCUUCUUCUGCUCUUCAGGAAGAUAGUGAAGGUUAAUGUUAUCCGUGGGCUGCACAGUCAGAUUGCUAAUAAAGACACUUUGACUGGGCUCAUAUUAAUUCUUCAAAGCCAAAUAACAAGCCAAGCUCUGAAAACUCUGGAUCUUUAUCCAUUUAAAGUGGAAAUGUUCCAGAUUACUGAUUUGCUUGUUAAUAUAACGAAGCAUGUCUUGAAGCCAAAGCAUCAGGUAUUGACUGAACGAGCAAAACAAAAUCUUCUGAGGAAGUAUAACAUAGAAGAAAAGCAGUGACAGGCAAUUAACCAAAAAAAAAGUGAGAGGCAAGGUAAACAUGGAGCAGCAACAUCAUCACCAUCAGGAACUAAAGCACAGCCUCGCAAGCAGAAAAAUGACGAAACAUAAAUUACUAUUGUUGUACAGCUAUAACUGGAAGAACCAAUGCCUUGAACCAGCUCCAACAACUCCAGCAUUUUGCGCAGCUUUUGCUAACCAACUCCAACAUUUUGAGCUGCUGAAACUGAAGCAAUCAACUAGAGCAUUUUGUACAGCGACAACUGGAGCAAUCACUCUUUUGAACAAACUCCAGACGAAGCUUUUUCCAAGUCUUAUAACUCAACCAGCUAGCUCUUUCAAUAUACUGCAUGCAGCUGCUACUUUUACUAUGUUAAUAGCUCCAACUAAAGCACCCAGCUUUUUUGUACAGCUAACGUUUAUGUAAAAUGUAUAAUAACUCUUUCACUAUUUCAAUAAUAUGUAAUUAUUUCCCUGUUGUA